GUUUCCUUUGCUAAAAGCAGCCUGGCGCGCACAGCAGCAGCAGCAUGGCGGGAGACCGUGAGGCCGAGUGCGAGACUCCAGAGCAGCCGCAGGAGCAGCACGGCCCCCGGCAGCCCUUCCUCAUCGGGGUCGCCGGCGGCACGGCUAGCGGAAAGUCAUCAGUCUGUGCAAAGAUCAUGGAGCUCCUUGGCCAAAAUAAGAUUGACCAUCACCAAAGGCAGGUUGCAAUUCUCAGUCAGGACAGCUUCUACAAGGUGCUUACUUCUGAACAAAAGGCCAAAGCUCUCAAAGGACAGUUCAACUUUGAUCACCCAGAUGCAUUUGAUAACGAGUUGAUAGUGAAGACUCUUUGGGACAUCAUGGAUGGAAGUACAGUUCAGAUCCCAGUUUAUGACUUUGUUACCCAUUCAAGGAAGGAGGAAACGGUCACUGUGUACCCAGCUGACGUGGUGCUAUUUGAGGGCAUCCUCAUGUUCUACUCGCAGGAGAUCCGGGACCUGUUUCAGAUGAAGCUGUUUGUGGAUACAGAUGCAGAUACACGACUCUCACGCAGAGUCUUGAGAGACAUCAGUGAGCGAGGGCGGGACUUAGAGCAGGUGCUAAGCCAGUAUAUCACGUUUGUGAAGCCUGCCUUUGAAGAGUUCUGCCUGCCAACAAAGAAAUAUGCUGAUGUGAUCAUCCCAAGGGGAGCUGAUAAUCUAGUUGCCAUAAAUCUGAUAGUACAGCACAUCCAGGACAUUCUGAAUGGUGGUUUGACCAAACGGCUGAACGGUUGCCUCAAUGGCCAUAGUGCACCACGAAAGCGGCAGCCAUCGGAGUCCAGCAGUAGGCCACACUGAUACACACUGAAAGUGGGAAUCAGAGAAGGAUGACAGUAAAGGAGUGGAGGGAGAAAUGGAGGAUUGUUUGUACAUACUUGCAAUUCACAAAUACUGUAUUUAAAACAGUUAAGAAAUUCAAGAAAUGCCUUCUUUGAUUUUGUAUAGUUAUUGUUUUAUGUCCUUUUGGUUUUUUUUUUCUUUUCAUUUUGUUUUUUGUCUGUGCACUUACUUUUGAGGGGAAUGCUCUUGGUUCAAAAUGAUGACCGGUCAAACUUGUUUUUUUCUGUGUUAUUCAUCUAUGAAUUCUGUUAACUCUUUGCUCCCCUUUUUGAGAGGAUUUGUGAAGUAAAGGAGGAGAAUGUCCAGAUGGCUUUACAGUUUUGCCAGAUGGACCUAGCUGGUAAAUUAGUGAAGUAGUGCAAAAUUGUAAAGGUGGAAAUGCAAAGUGAAGGUCUUGCAUCUUUCAACAUUACUGAUAGACCCCUUGCCUACUUAGGGUUAAUCAUAAAUUGGCAUGAUAUUUCCUCCUAACCAUUUAGUCAGCACUUCCGUCUUUGGCCUGUUACCAAUUAUUUCACCAGAAAGUACAAUCUGAUCAUCGCUCCUAAGGAAAGAUAACCAUCUUCAUGCUACAUUUCAGUAAAUAUCAACCCUCUGUACAAAUCAGGGUGGAAUUUAUAUAGUAAAAAAUUUAGUAAUUCUGUGACAGACACUUGGAAGGGAAUUUGGUUAUUCUCCAGCUCCAAUGUAGCCAGUUCCUCUGACACAGAUUAAGUCCAGAACCCAUAUCCGUGUCCUUUCUGUACUGUAUUUGAUGUUGCAUCCUUUUGUCUUCUAAUUUUAAAGGCAGAUGAAAAAUCAUAUACUUGAAAUCUUUUUUUUUUUCCCUGAACUUUUACCAGUUUUUAAAUAUUUUAUGUCAUGAAUACUCUAUAUAUUAAGGACUAUGGUCAUCAGAUUGUUUUGCCUGCAUGUCUUUAGGAGAUCAUUGACCUUCCUUAUUUUGGGUUAGUGUUUAGCACUACUGGCCAUGUUUUUGUUUUAAUGUUGUAACCUAGCAACAUGAAGCAUACACCGUAAUGCCACUCCAAUCACUAUGAAACACAAAAUUCACCAAAGAAUCCAUUUGGCAUUCUUUAAUAUGCAUGUUCAGUUUAUUAAAGGGUGCAGUAGGCUCACCUUUUCUCUUGCUCAGGAUCCCAGUGCUAGCUCCAUCUACCAUAAUAUUCUACUUAAGAUACUUCAGGGAAGUAUCAAGAGAACUGGUGGUGUUUCCCAUUUGUUUUCCCUUAAAGGGCUCAUUACUGCUUCUUAAAACACACUAAACACUCUUCUCUGAAGGUAGAUAAUUUUUUUAUAUCAAUCAAAACAAACCUCUUACUUUUUUUUUCUUUUUUUAACAAAAAAAAAAAAAAAACAAGACAACCCUCAGGAAAUUAAAAGUAUGACUCAUGACCUUGAGAAAACAACCAGUAUGGCUGAUUUUCUUGUCUUUGUUUUUUUGGUCUGGCAGACACAUUUCCCUUUACACUGCUGCUAUGAUACAGGGUAUUUCAUAUAUUUACAAGUGUAAUAUGCAUUUGAUGUGAUUAUACACUAAAUUCAUAAUUGUGGUGUUUUGGGAGCCAGAGUCCAAUAAAAAUGCUCUGCCUAAGGGCCUAAUAUAUAAAUGUUACUUUGAGUUUACUAGGUUUUUGGCCUGUUCCCACUAGUUCUAAGUUAUGUAAAUAAUUGCUUUUAGACUGCUCAUGUUUUGUGUACAGUAUUUAAUGUCUAUGGAUCAGUGUGUUCUGAUAUUAAUCAUUACCAACUGCCUCCUCUAACUAGCCUGUCUAAGGCAUGUACUGCUUGUACACAUCUACAAAUACUCAUGCAAAACAUGCACACCUAAAUCAGGUAUUCCCAUGGUUUGGUUUCUUCAGAUGCCAGCUUUUGGGGGGAAAACUGCAAUAUGCCUUAAAUCAACUGCUACUGACCACUUUCAUUACCAUAGAAACAGGUUAAACACAGUCACUGUAACUGAUGCAAAACCACUAUGUGACCAUCAUAAUCCUAUAUGACUACAAAUUAUGCAGAUUACAAGAACACUUGAUUUCAUUGUAAGGUGUGAAGUUCACUGUGGAGUUUAUUAUUGUGCAAUGCACUCACGGACUCAUGGAAUUUUGUAUUGAUUUUCCUAGAUUAUGUCACAUUAUAUGUAUAAAAGUUGAUAUUCCCAAACUGGAAAUUUGACACUUUCUACUGUUAAAAGAAGCUUGCAUAUAUGCAGUGUUAUGCCUGGUGGGCCAGGUAUUUAAAAUGAGUUUAUCUUAACUGAGUGAUGUCUUUAGGCCAUGAUCUUUGUAUUAAAAGCUGAGAGAUUUUUGUGACGAUAGAUUUAUGCAGAUCAGAUUCCAGGUGUCUGAAUGAAAGGUCCACAAAUGAGAUGAUGUUGGGUUGGUGGUCCUGCUGUCAGAAAGCUUGCAAGCAGCACAAGACACUGCGUUCAAACAACAAUCUAUAGGCUCCUGCUUGCAAAAUAUCUGAAUUAAAAACCCGGAUGAUGUGUUCGCUCUUCAUUGUAAGCGUCUAAAUGAUUCACAAUGUAUUGUAAAUGUUUAAACAAAUUAAGAAAGUUGUAUAAAAGGAUAAAUGAAAUGAAUUGAAAGAUUAAAUAAAGUUUUGUACCUUGCA